AUGGAACAACGAGCUCCGUCAACAGGAAUCAAAGUUAUCAUCGUCGGCGCGGGAUUUGCAGGGCUAACCGCCGCCAUUGAGUGCUACCGCAAGGGCCACGACGUCGUGAUCCUCGAGAGCUUCCCCGAGCUCAAGCCCCUCGGCGACAUCAUCUCCUUCGGGCCCAACGCGGGGCGCAUCGCCGCGCGCUGGGGGAAUGGCUCCGUCGUCGAGGAGAUCUUCCCCCUCGUCAUCCGGAACAAGGAGCUGCGGUUCUACAAGUACGACGGCGAGUUCAUCACCGCACAGCAGGUCCCGCCGCAGAACCCCGAGGCGCCGUUCCUGAACGGGCACAGAGGGGAGAUCCACGAAGUGUUCUUCAACCACGCGAAGAAAAUCGGGAUCGACAUCCGGCUGGGGUGUCGCGUGCUGGAGUACUUAGAGGAGCGGGGCAGGGCGGGUGUCAGGGUGAACGGGGAGACAAUCUGGGGCGACGUGGUGGUCGGCGCCGACGGGGUGCGCAGCAAGGCGCGCGAGCUCGUCCUCGGCUACUACGACAAACCCAAGUCGUCCGGAUACGCCAUCUACCGCGCGUGGUUCGACUCGGCGCCGCUGCUGAAAGACCCGCUGACGAAACAUUUGGUCGAGAAUGGCGACACGCACACCGGCUGGCUGGGCCCGGACGUCCACUUCCUCGCGGCGUCCCUCAAGAACGGCAAGGACUUCUCGUGGGUCUGCACGCACAGGGACGAGGCGGACAUCGAGGAGUCCUGGUCGUACCCGGGGAAGAUCGAGGACGCGCUCAAGGUCAUCGAGGGCUGGGACCCCGUUGUGCGCCGCAUCGUCGAGCUAACGCCCGAGUGUGUCGACUGGAAGCUUGUGUACCGUGAUCCGCUGCCGACGUGGAUUUCAAAGGAGGCGAGGACGUGUCUAGUGGGUGACGCGGCGCAUCCGUUCCUCCCGACAUCGAUCCAAGGCGCGUCCCAAGCCAUGGAGGACGGCUGCGUGCUCGCUGCAUGCCUGCAGAUUGGUGGGAAGGAGAACGUCCCCAUGGCCGUCCGCGCCUAUGAGAAGAUACGGUAUGAACGUGUCCGGAGGGCGCAGCUUCUCGGGGAGGAGACCCGGGAUAUGUGGCAUAAGGCGGACUUCGACAAGGUGAAGCAGGACCCAGAGAAAAUCAAGCUGAAGAGGGAGGACUGGUUGUUCGCCUUCGAUUGCGAGGCGAAUACAUAUGAAGUCUACGAGGAUGUCGUCAAAGAGUUAAGUGGGCAGCCGACGACGAAUAUUGGCGAGUCGCUCCCGAAACAAGCAGCUGUGGCAGCCUGAAUGUUGUAUACGUAGAUGCCUGUCUCCUUGGGAUUAUUGUUUUAUUUAGCGAUAUGGUGUACGAACCUGACUGCAGUCAGAGGGGGAGCAGAGUGACGAG